CCCGGCGGAGGGAGAGAGAGAGAGAGAGAGAAGGGGAGAAAGAGAGAGGGAGUGAGGAUGAGAAGCAGAGAGGAGCACACCAACAGAAAGCCCCUGCGACGGAGGACGCCUGACAGGUUAUCUCCGCUGUGGACGCCUGAAAUGUUCUGUUUCCAAAGGCGUCUGAGCCGGAUGGGAGAUGCGAUUCACGCAAAACCGGAGCCCCACUUCUUCCUGUGAUCUCAAACGGUCCGCCAGCGUGCCGCGGUGCGUCGAGGCUGUCCGGGACGCGGAGCGCGCAGCUCAGAGCUUCAGCUGUGUGCUGAGGAACACAGCUUCUCCCUAUGUUGUAUUAAAAGCUGCUUCCUGAGGGGUAGGGGGGAAAAAAAGAAAAACAGGUUCGAAACCAUCAUGAGGGCUCUUUCAGCAAACUUAUUCGCUUUACUGCUGAUGUGCGCCCUGGUCAGUGUUUUCUACGUGUGGAGCGCGCUGGAGAGCCGUUUGGAGCGACACAAGCGGAGGUUCUCCGGACCGGGCGGAGGGUCCUUUCAUCAAGGUCCCUCAGAGGACCUCUCCKCGAAAACUUUCCGAGCACUGCUUGCUGUUCCGGCGGCACAAAGACCACMGUUCUCGGGGGCCAGAUUUAAGCAUCACAACCUCACCGAUCCAGCUGCCCCCGCGGGGCGUCGGGAUUAUCRUGUGAAUGGGGACAACGAGAGGUCAGAGCAGCGGGAGGGGCCGGUCAAGUUAGGCUCCCCGGUGGAUGGCGGGAUCUUUUGGAGCGACUGGCUGGAAGAUCUCCUCCCUGUGGGAUUCACGGAGGAGCACGCUCGGAGCUGGAGGCAGAAGGCGAGGACAUCACGGGUGGUGAAGCUGGAGCCUGGAUGCGGCAGGAUAUCCAAUCAGAUGGCCACGUUUGCUGACGGGACUAAAGCGUGCGUGCGCUAUGGGAUCAACGCGGACCAGGUGCAGGGAGAAACUUUGACGUAUUACCUCGCCAGUUUGCUCGGCAUCACAAACCUGCCUCCCCUCGCCCUGUCCCAGCUGCACGGUGACAGCGAGCAGUGGGCGGCGGCGAGGGCGCGGAUCAGCGGGCUGCAGUGGAGCGACGGGGCCGUGGUUUCUCUCACCGAGUGGAUCUCAAAUCUGACGGGGGUCGUCACACCUGCGCCGCUCAGGCAGGAGAGCAGCGGGCUGCAUCCUGCGCUGGAGGGGCUCGGGAACCGGACUGCGGCGGAGCUCCUGGAGCUCGUGCAGUGGACCGACCUGAUCCUGUUCGACUACCUGACGGCGAACUUCGACCGACUCGUCAGCAAUCUGUUCAGCCUGCAGUGGGACUCGCGCGUCAUGGAGAGGGACACCAACAACCUCCUGAGGACACCRCGCGGUGACCUUGUGUUCAUCGACAACGAGGCCGGGCUCGUGCACGGCUUCCGGGUGCUGAACAUGUGGGAGAAGUACCACAGCUCCGUCCUGAGCUCCGUGUGUUUGUUCAGAAAGAGGACGACGCAGCGCGUGGCGGAGCUGCACAGGCGCAGAGACUCCAGGCGCAGGCUGCUGGGGCUCUACACCGACAGCGAGCCUCUGUCGCGGGAAUUAGGAUUUCUCUCAGACGAGCACGCGGGGCUCCUUCAGGACAGAAUCGAUCGGUUGUACAAACACAUUUUGCAUUGUAAAGGAAAAUACAGCCAGCAGUGAAGACGCAGCGGCGCACAGGUGAUGGAUCUGUUGUCUGAGCGCCCUGAUGGGCACAGCUGCUGCGCACAAUCGAUGCUUCUGAUACAAAACUGUCUUGAAUAUCCAACUAAACUACCUCUUGUGAAUAGAAUGUGUUGCCUUUAUGGAAAAAGCUAGUUUGAAGCUUUCACUGAUUUUUUUWUUAUURUUAUUAUUAUYCCACAUGUAAGCCUCAUUCAAUAGGAUCAAUUUGAUUUAUUGAAAUGCUCACUUGAAAGAACAAAUGUAAAGAGUUCACAACAGACCUAAAUGUGACUUGGGUACCAUAACACAGCUCUUUAUGUGUUUGGAUUGUUUCCCUCUGUGUUCAAAAAUCCCAGUAAGCCUUAACCUAUAAGUUGAAUCUUGUUGAGUUUUGUGUUUCUGAUCUUGCUCGCUUUUUAUAGACCGUCAUUUUGGACACAUUGUAACAGCUAUAGCACCUGCACUCCUGUCAAUGUGUUUGGAUUCAGCCUUAAAAUCAUAGGUGUGUCAUUAUGUGGGGAAAAUGUAAAUAUUGUAUAGCAGCAGGUUUUGAUGCUAAGCUAAUUUAAUGGACGCUGUAACAUUCCAAGAUAUUUACUUUUUUUUAAAUACACAAUUGUUCAACUUG